CAAAUUAGGUUGAUUGAAUGUAUCAGAGUAACUGUGACGACGCCGUAUAGAUUAGGAAUUCAUAGAACGACGUCGUGUGAACAAACAACAGAAUUAGUUACACGAAUUCUGCUGAGUCGGUCAUCUGUCCUAUUUGUACGUGUAUGAUUGGCUAAGAAAGCAUCGGAAGUAAUAACAGAAAUUCAUUUCUUUCCCUCUCACUUUCUCUCUCUAAUCUUCCCUCUCUUUCUCCCAGACCUUCUUCUCUCUUCUCUCCUCUGCUAAAUUCUUCCCCAAACUUCAAUCCAUCGCCUAAUCAAGAUCAUCCAUGGAGACAGUAGCCUUACAAGUGGUAUCAGAGCAGGCGAAAUCCUUGGACACAUCAAGAACUGAUGGUAGAAAGCACCAGAUUCAAGACACUGGAGGAACAAGUUAGAAAGCAAGAGAUCCGACUCCAAGAAGUACUGGAAGGUCUACAGUCUUCACAAUCACAACAGCAACAGAUGCAGAGUGAAUUUCGCAAUGAGCUAGAAGAAAGCAGCAGGAGAAUGGAGGGGUUGAUAACAGAAAUGAAGCAGGAAUUCAGUACUUUCAUGAGAGCAAUGGUCAGCCGAGAAAAAGUGGUUCCAGAUGAGGACAAACCAAGGGUGGAGCAGGCACCUCUGUUACCCACGCCUCUAUUAAAUCAAAGGCUGCAGGUAGGAUCUGAAAAUAACAGGACGUCAAGGAAAGAAACAAGAGUGGAGCAGAUAACUACAAAAAGAGGGACUUUUGGAUGCAAAUUUGGGAGACUCCAGCAGAAAGCCUCAAUUGGCUGGGACCACAAGAGCUACAAGAGCUAGUAAAGGCAACGUACAAAGCCUUAGGAACAAGAAGUAAUUCGGCAGCUUGUGGCCAAUUGGUGGGGACCGCGCAGAGGCACAAAACAAGGAGAUGAAUUCGGCAGCUUGUGUCCAAUUGGUGGGGACCACUGGAUAUCUUUCCUUUGGCUUUAAAUAGGGAGCUAACGUACAGAGGCGAGGGACCGCUUUUAGUUUAGCUUUUUAGCCUAGUCUUUAGUUUAGUUUUUUUCUUUCUUUUCCUUGGACUGGCCUCUGACACACGCCAGGUGCUUGACAAUAUUCCCCAACGGGGAAAACCUCCUUCAUUCCUUAUUUCUUAGUACAAAACGAUGCCUUCGCAAUUUAUUAACUCGUG